AAGUCAGUCAUUUGUACAGUGUCAUCAAAGCACAUGCUUUACGCCUGGGACCUGCAGGAGGGCACUAUGAUCUGGUCCAGCCCCGCCCAGCAGUCGAGCAUCAUGCGUCUGGCAACCCUCCCUCAGAUGCAUCUUGCGUUCACUGCAGAUUUGGAGGGAACAGUCAAAGUGUGGAAUUGUCAGGAUGCGGAAGCCCUGGCUACUCUCACCAUGCCACAGGCCUGUUUUUCCUUGGAAAUCUGUCUCACAAAAGAUGGCCCCUUCCUGAUGGUAGGCAACUCUGAAGGUGACAUGUACACACUGACCGUGCCGGAGCUAAGGCAUGUCUCUAAAGUCAAUGCAUUCAAAUACAGUGUUGACCUCCUACACUGCUCUCCCGACAAGAAAUGGAUCUUUGCAUCUGGGACACAUCAGAAUAUCUUGCCAGUGGUGUUCCUCACAGAGAGCUUGCUGAAACCGGCAGAAGGCAAAAGCCCUCUGUCCCUCUCUAUCCCGUAUUCAUCGUGCUGCAGGGCCUGCUGGGCCCCAAGGAGGACAAGCAGGAUAACAGUGAUGUAUCGAAGAGGCUCUUUCAGAAAGACCGGAUUUACCACCUUCGAGCUAAUGGCUGAGAGGACGGGGGACCAAACAGACAUCCAAGCCCACCAGGUUGCAACUUUCCUGUUGCCGCCUCACAUGGAGAGUCCUAUGUGGAUGGGAGUCGGAGACGGAAAUGUGAUCGUCUUUGAGAGCGGGCCGUCCUUAUUCCUCUUCACCAUCAGUGGCCUCCUUCUGCAACGAUUUGAGGACCACCAGAGGACCAUCGGCAACUUAUGGGUGGAUUCUGUGCACGUCCUCAGCACGUCCAUGGAUGACUCUCUGCAUUUGUACAUGUGGGAAGAGGAAGGCCGUUACCCAUACCUCAAGAGCUGCUGCCACCUGGAGCACGUGGGCAGUGACUCAGCGCCGAGCUGCUAUGUCUCCAAAGCAAUAUGCGAUAACAUGAGCAUCGUAUGUGUGGUGUCGAGACUUCGUGAAUCCAGCAUUCUGGUGAUGUAUUCUUUGCGUAUAUAA